CACAUUCUUCUUCAAUCAACAUACAUACAUUCUUCUUCCAUCCAGAGAUAACAAAACAAAAUGGCGUCUGAACAAUUGCCUCGCAGUCACCUAGGAGUAUACAAUGAGACUCUUUUGGAGAUCAGAGAGGUUAACAUUCAGAAACACAGAAAAGAUCAACAUGACAAGGAAAGAAAUGAACAAGAGAGAGAGUUGAAUGCUGAUAAAGCCAGGUCUCAAGACAAAGAGGAUGAAGAAGCCAAAAGUGUUGGUGUGGACAAGUUUGAAAUGAAAGGUCAAAGUGAGGAAGAAGCAGCUACUAAAGGAUUGAGGGAUAGAGAAGAGAACGAAAGAAGAGAGAAAAUGGAGGCAGAGCAUGCAAGAACAAUGGAACACACUAAAGAGGCCCAAGCAAAACAAAAAGAAAACGAUGAAGGAUCUCUGUCAGAGGAUAUUUCCAAGUACAGAUGUCAGAAGGCAAUGGAUGAUGCUACUGCAAAUGCCAAAGAGAGAGCAAAACAAGAACCAACUAAUAAGGCUGAUGGAACUGCUUACACUGCCCAGGAAGAGUGUACAGCAAGAAACAAACAGGACAGUAGAGUUGGGCAAAAUGAGGAAUCUAAGGAGAGGCCGUCUGAAAAAAGCACCACCAAAAGCUUUGAAGAAACACAAGAACAGGACCAAGAAGAACGAUCAAAGGAACCCGGUGCUGUUUCUCAAACUCUAAGUAAAGUUUCACUUCCACACAAGCCUAAUCAAAGCGACACUGUGGAAAGCUUUCAGGGAGUUCAACAGAGAGACAAAGAAACAAAGCAUGAUGUGUUUGAGGAAACCAAAAUCCAGCAUGCAGAAAAAAUGAACAAAACUGAGGAAAACUUAAAUAGUCAAGAAGAAAGAGGAAAAGGAAGCAAUGUAUUUAAUACUUAUGCUGAUACAGUGAAAGUGAAUGAUUCUACAAGGAGAGUACAAGAACAAGAGCCAAAUGGAAACACAUCUGAAAAAAGCUUUGAGGUAGUGAAAGAAGAACAACCUCGAGUGAAUGUUGUGCAGAUGUUGAAGGAGCCUUUGGAUAAGGCUGCUGAGGGGGGAAGUAAUGUGUUGGGAGCUGUAGGCGAAACUGUGACCGAGAUUGGAGAAAACGUGAUUAAACCAGCUGAGAAAGUGAGUAGAAAGGGUGAAGAGGAAAAAGGGGGUGGAGUUUUGGGUGCAAUAGGUGAAACCGUAGCAGAAAUAGCAGAGACAACUAAGGUGUUUGCUGUUGGAGAAGGGGAAACAGAGUCAAAGCAGAGUAUUGGUUCAAAGGUUAAGAAGUGAGUUGUGUGUUUGGGGAUCUUUAAGUGAAUAAGUGUGAUACAUGUUUAUAAAUAAGCAGUUUUAUGGAGUUGUAAAUAAAUAAGAAUUUCAUCCUGUGAUUCUAUCUAUAAUAAAUGAAAAAAAGUAUGUGUAUAUAUAGGUCUUGUGUUUUUUGGUACAUAAUGAAAAUAAAUGUAAUCAGACUUCUAUUUUGCAUCCUGUUA